AUGGCACUGCAGAGAGUAGCAGGAGAAAUGCAGUGUGCUAUCUGUGCUCCUGAAAAAGGGAGAGAGGAUUCCUUCCCAGGAGCUGGAGCAGAAGAAUUCUAUUAUAUUUUUGGGGAGUUCAGCCCUGAUGAAUUUAAUCAGUUCUUUGUGACUCCACGAUGCUCUGUUGAGCUCCCUCCAUACAAUGACACAGUUUCAUGUGGUAUUAAGUCCACAGGGGAAGAGUACCAGAGAAUUGAAUUUGGUGUUAAUGAAGUUAUUGAGACACAGUCAUCUGUGCUAAAUAACACCGACUACAGUAUUUCAAGUACUCUGAAUCCUCAGGCUCCAGAAUUCAUUCUCAGUUGUGCACCUGCUCAGAAAACCCCUGACGAUGCUCUCAGUGAAACAAACUACAACUCCAUUGACUGCCAGUUCACUGACCCAACCCUCGCUUUGGACAGCGGUUCCAACGCAGAAAACGAUGGCUUGGCUGGAGGCCUUGGGCAAAGGGAACGUAAAAAAAAGAAAAAAAGACCUCCUGGAUACUACAGUUACUUGGAAGAUGUCAGCGAUGGCAUCGCUCCCACAGAAGCUCUUGUAAAUGGCCAUGCAAAUUCCUCGGGACUAAACAGUCUGAGCAUGGAGGAUACGGAACUGACGGGAGAUGUGCCCUCCCUGGCCACACCAAGGACUUGCAACAGCCCGGACAAUUCUGUGGACUUCAUUCAUGAAGCUGUCUCUGAGGAUUCUGUUUCUAGCGCACUAGACAAUACCAGGACUGCAGGGCAGCCUGAGGUAUGCCGUGUUACUAAUUCUGAACAGUUUUGCAUCCCCUCAGAGACUGGCAGAGAUAGCCCUUUAAGGACAGCUGUUGUACAGUCUUAUGCUGGUACUGAUACUACUGAAAAUCUUGGCGUAACUAAUGGACAAACACUUGAAUCCUCUGGUGAGGGGACAGCUGCCAAUGGGGUAGAAUUGCACACUGUGGAAAGCACUGACUCAGACCAAGCUAAGGCUGAGGAAGCUUCACCUACUACUGAGGCAACAGUCCCUGUUGCAGGAUCAGUCCCUGUUAAUCAGCCUGCAAAGUCAUGGGCUAGUCUUUUUCACAAUUCCAAGCCCUCUGCUUCCACAUCUGUGGUCUAUGUUGAGACUAAGUAUACCCCUCCUGCCACAUCUACUCUGGUCCCUGAAAAACAAGUUGAAGUCAAAGAGGGACCUGUUCCAGUUUCAGAGGAUCCUGUAGCCAUAAAGAUUGCAGAAAUACUGGAAAAUGUAAGAUUAAUACAUAAACCAGUGUCACUGCAACCACGAGGGCUUAUCAACAAAGGAAACUGGUGCUACAUCAAUGCUACCCUGCAAGCCUUGGUUGCUUGUCCUCCAAUGUAUCAUUUAAUGAAGUCCAUUCCAAUGUAUUCAAAAUCGCAGCGGCCGUGUACCUCGACACCAAUGAUAGACAGUUUUGUUCGUUUAAUGAAUGAAUUCACUAAUAUGCCUGUACCUCCUAAAGCAAAACAAGCUUUAGGUGAGAAAAUUGUGAGGGACAUUCGACCAGGAGCUGCCUUUGAACCUACAUACAUUUAUAGACUUCUGACGGUUAUAAAGUCCAGUCUGUCAGAAAAGGGCAGGCAAGAGGAUGCUGAAGAAUACUUGGGAUUUAUCCUCAAUGGACUACAUGAAGAAAUGCUGACUCUAAAGAAACUUCUCUCUCCACAUAAUGAAAAACUCUCGGUUUCCAACGGCCCUGAGGCACAGACUGUUCCUGAGGAGGAGGAGCAAGGGGAAGGCAGUGAGGAUGAAUGGGAGCAAGUGGGGCCUCGGAACAAGUCUUCAGUCACUCGACAGGCUGACUUUGUUCAGACUCCAAUUACUGAUAUUUUUGGAGGUCAUAUAAGAUCUGUUGUUUACCAGCAGAGUUCUAAGGAGUCUGCUACACUGCAACCUUUCUUCACCCUGCAACUGGAUAUCCAGUCAGACAAGAUCCGCACAGUUCAGGAUGCGUUGGAAAGUUUGGUGGCAAGAGAGUCUGUCCAGGGUUAUACCACAAAAACCAAGCAAGAGGUGGAGAUCAGUCGAAGAGUGACACUGGAAGAACUUCCCCCUGUUCUUGUUUUACACCUCAAGCGGUUUGUAUACGAGAAAACUGGUGGAUGCCAGAAGCUUAUCAAGAAUAUUGAGUAUCCUGUUGAUCUGGAAAUUAGUAAAGAGCUACUAUCUCCUGGUGUGAAAAGUAAAAUUUUUAAAGGCCAAAGAACCUACCGGCUCUUUGCAGUUGUCUAUCACCAUGGAAACAGUGCAACUGGUGGCCAUUACACUACGGACGUCUUCCAAAUUGGCCUGAAUGGCUGGUUACGCAUCGAUGACCAGGCAGUCAAAGUGAUCAACCAGUACCAGGUGGUGAAGCCGUCAGCAGAGCGCACAGCCUACCUCCUGUACUACCGCCGAGUCGACCUGCUGUGAAACUUCUCCCCUCUCUGCUAUGUGUGCAAGAUACCUGCUUUGUAGAACGCCAACUAUCACUAACUUUUUUCUCCUGUAAAUGCUCUUUUGAGUGAAUCUUUUCUCUUCUUUUCCCCCCCUCCCCUCUUUUUCCCCACCCCCCUUGCAACUAUGGGAUAGAGUGAUAAAAGGAAACUACCUUGGGUUUGUGCACAUCGUAGUUUGUGUUCACUUUUGACUUUGCAGAAUGAAGUCACUUGGUUGAAAGACUCAGUAUCAUGAAUCACAAAAAUA